AUGUCGCUCGUCCUCUUCAGUCAAGUUGACAAGCUACUACAGAGCUUGCGCAGGUCGCAUGAGGAGGGCGCCUCCGUUCAGAAAUGGACCAACCUGGCCAAUGAAGUUCAUCAUCUCGUUGAUGAAUUGAAAACUCGCGAGCUAGCGACUGUGUUGAUGAUGUUCGCGGAGGCCAAUUUCGUCGAUACUACUCAGUGCACCGCGGCGAUUGUCAGAAGGCUUACGGAUCAGAUACGCACGGAUGUCACGUCGUGUUUGAUGGCUAUGAUGGCUCUACAGAAAACUGCGGGGAUGAGGAAGGAGACAGUAUUGGAGGAUCUCGCAGAGACGUUUAUUCGUUUGGUUUUUGACAAGGGUGUGGAGUCACCCAACGGGUGA